AGCAUGCUACACGACCCAGCCGAAUACCCGGAGCCGGAGACGUUUCGCCCCGAGAGGUUCCUCAACGCGGACGGGUCCCUGAACAGCGACGUCCGGGACCCCGCGACGCUUGCGUUCGGCUUCGGACGUAGAUACGCGCAUGCUAAUGUCGCUGAUCUAUAG